CGUUCAUUUCGGAAUAUAUAUUGCCAAAUAUGAGUGUGGCCAUUCCGACCAAAGUGCUACCGAGUGGUGCGCGAAUCCCGGUUAUCGGGUUCGGCGCUUACUUGGAGAAUGACGUCACCAACUCGUACAACAUCGUAUUGUCGGCACUGAAGCAGGGCUACCGUCACAUCGACACUGCGCAGCUGUACCACAACGAAGCUGAAGUCGGUCGCGCAGUUCGAGAUUCUGGUAUCCCACGCGAAGAGAUCUUUGUGACCAGCAAGUUGUUCCUCAUAGACUGGGGCUACAAAAGGGCUUUGGACAGUAUUAAGAAGAGCAACCAGAAGAUCGGACUCGGAUACAUCGAUCUGUUCCUACUGCAUGCGCCGGGAGAUGCUGCUACUCGAGCUGAGACCUGGCGUGCGGUGGAGGAGCUGCACGAGCAAGGGAUCUUGAAGGACAUUGGCGUCUCCAACUUCAGUGGAGCUCACAUUGAUAAGCUCAUGAAGACAGCCAAGGUGAAGCCUGCAGUGAACCAGAUCGAGGUGCACCCGUGGCUCACACGGCCGGAGACGGUCAAAUACUGCCAGGACCACGACAUCAUCGUGCAAGCGUAUUCCCCGUUAGUAAAGGGUUACAAAAUGAGGGAUUCAACCUUGAUUGAGAUUGCGAACGAGGUGAACGCUACGCCAGCACAAGUUCUGGUUGCCUUCAGUCUGGCCAGAAACAUCAUUCCUCUGCCGAAAUCCGCCAACACCAAACGCCAGAAAGAGAACCUCGAAUCGACUAAUGUCAAACUGUCUGCUGAGCAACUGGACAAACUCAUGGCGCUGGACGAAUACUACGUCACCGAUUGGGAUCCGAUCCGAGACGAGGAAGUGUAAGGACAAGCAAGGUCUGGUACACACGACUAGCAAAAGCUGCACGUCUAUCUGAACUGAGGCUGGAAAAUAUCUGCCAUAAGACUAGACAAAAGCACCCCUGUCUACCUGAUCCCUUAGCGGAAUAAACUGCAACAGCACUUCCAACCUUGCCUUGCUUUAACUUC